CGAAUGUUUAACGUGCCUUCCCGUUGAUUAACCAUCCACAUUCUGAGUUCCAGGUCUCUCACCUGUUGAUUCACGUUUGGUGAAGCUCUUUCCGAGAAAUCAAAAUGGAGGAAUGACUUGUUUCAAGACAACUGUGAAGGCUAAAACAUAUUUUCUUGGAUUGUGCGUGAUUUAACUUUGAUUUUGUCUUGAUUCUGGUGGAGUAGGCUAGGCUAAGCCUACCUAAAUGUACCGCAAAAUGAGGCCGUUUGCGCUGCUUAUUUUCACAGUGUUCUUCAUAAGCUGUACCAUGGCUAUUAAUGUACAGUGCCCAGUGAAGAGAUAUGUGGUCAUCUUGUUCCAGCCUGUUACCCUUCAGUGCCAGUAUCAGACAUCUGACCUGAAUCCCCCUCUGAUCACAUGGAAGUACAAAUCUUACUGCAAGGACCCAAUUGCAAUGGCACUGAAUCCAAGUAGUUCUGAUAGUGCUCUAGCUCAAGCCAAUCCAAAUUAUGAUCCAGUGAUUGAGUGUCCUGACAGCCAGCGGACAGUGCGCAUAGUAGCAUCCAAACGUAUCUCUGUCACACUUGGAUCAGAUUAUCAGGGCCGAAGGAUCAGCAUCACAAAUGAUGCAGACCUAAAUAUUGCUCAGACUGCAUGGGGAGACAGCGGUGUUUAUCUGUGUUCUGUGGCUUCUGAUCAAGAUCUCACAGGAAAUGGAGAGUGCUAUACAGAGCUCAUCGUGCUUGAAAGAAAGGCAAAUACUACAGACCUCCUGCCUGGCAUUGACUUACUGGUCAUGGAAGAUAAGCUGCUGGUAGCCCUGGUGGUAAUAGGCUGCUUCUUGUUGUUGCUCCUUAUUGGUAUCUGCUGGUGCCAGUGUUGCCCACACACAUGUUGCUGUUACGUGAGCUGCCCCUGUUGUCCGGAGCGCUGUUGUUGUCCCCGGGCAUUGUAUGAGGCAGGAAAAGCAGUCAAAACUGGUGUGCCUAGUCAAUACGCACCAACCCUGUAUGCACCCAGCAUGUAUGCCCAGCCUGUCCAUGGAUUUGGAGGAAACUCACCAGCAAUCCCAAUGCUACCCAUGCCUCAGGGUAUGGGCAUAGCACCAUCAACCAACUUCAACAGAGACUAUGAUCAUGCGAGCUCAAUUGGGCAGGAUUCUCAAGUACCUCUGCUGCAGGAUCGUGAUGGCCAAACUCGCAGUGGUUAUCGCAUCCAGGCCAAUCCAGAUGGGAAUCCCACACGUGUCCUAUAUUACAUGGAGAGAGAGCUAGCGAAUUUGGACCCCAGCCACCAAGGAAAUGCAGCAGGCAAAUACAACCGCUUGGAUGGGAUGAGUGAGGUGAGCUCUCUGCAUGAUGCAUCUGAACCUCGUUCACGUGGGCACUCAAGGCCACCACAGCUCCACACCCAUUAUGACGACGUGGAUGAAAGAAUGAGUACCAUCAGCAGUGUGUCCCAGCACUACAAUCCAAGGCGCCACAAUGAUUCCCCAAUGAACCAUGGUGCUCGAGGCCGUGCCCAUUCCAUGGACAAUCUAGAUGUAAUUUACCCGCACUCCAGGGCUGAUGAUUAUCCACAAAGUUACAAGGCUGCAGCCAGAGGUGGUCGAAGGGGCUCAGAUGAUGGAUGGAAUCGUGACUACAGUCGUGACGAUGACCGCCAUUACCACCGACAAAACUCCCCUGAUGAUUAUCAAGGCAGAAAUAGGGGUCGUGGUGCUGGUUUCCAGAAUCGUCGUAGCCGCAGUCGUGAUGAUCUGACGGAUAUAGAGUGGAGUGGCAGAAGAGAUGAAUAUGAUGACAAAAUUCUGCGCGAGGCUCUGGAGAAGAAGAAACUGAGGCCACCACAGGGUGCACACAGUCGUGACCGUCUGGACAACAGUAGCGAGAAAGGCAAUUAUGGACCCCCACCAUUGCCUACAUCCCCUCCCUCUGGUUACCCUGAGCAUUUCCCUCCACCCCUACCCUAUGACCAAGAGAGUACAGCAUCUUCCAAGAAGAGCAACCUGCGCAAGAAUGGAGCAGUGAGUCGUGAAAGCUUGGUUGUGUGAGAUGGCCCCUGUGAAGUUUGAAGUCUGGCUUGUUGGUCUUAUUUUUCAAUCGGUGAGGAUUCUACUGUGGGAAUUCCUGGACAAAAGGCACAAACAAGUCUGUUUGUGAUUAAAAACUUGACAUGGUUGAGUUAAAUGUUAUCCUUCACAGCUUUAAUUUGCUUGGGAUAUACUACAAUAAAUACAGUAUAAGUGUGUUUGCAACAUUUCCAGCGAAUCACAUCUGUGACAUUUGUAUAAACACCAUUCUUUGUACCAUUUGUACCCAAAUGUAUUUGAUGGUUUGGUUUGAAAUUUGGUAAAAUACUUAAAAUUUCCAAGAUUUAUCUUUUACUUUUUUGAUUAUUUGCUUUACAGGUAGGUGUUUUUUUGUGUUGGGCUCUGUGUUCAUGUUAAAAAUCAUGGAUGCUGUUUGCUGUUUUUUGCUCUGGUAAUUUUGUGCUCUUCAUAACAGAUACAUGGCAAAUCUUGGAUCUUAUGUCCAAUAAUAUUUAGAAAAUCACUCAUAAUGUAAUAAAUGCAUAACACUCUUCUCUUCUCUAA